AUGAGAUUUGGCUUUCCAGCGCUCCUGGCCGUCCUGGCCUUUAGUGAGGCUGGGCUGGGCUUCACGGGGGGGUCCGCAGCCCGAGCUUCAAAGGCUCUCAAAGAACGCCAGAUUACGAUCGGAAACGGAGGAAUCACCCUUGGUGGUGCAGGUGGCCUGACUGUCGGCGGAGGUGGACAACGGCCUGCUCAACAACCCGCUGCGCAGCCUGGGGCAACUGAGGGACAGGCCCCUGCUGCUGCUGGCGCCGAGGGACAGGCCCCUGCCGCUGCUCCUGGCGCCGAGGGACAGGCCCCUGCCGCUGCUCCUGGCGAGGCUCCGGCUGCACCUGCUGAGGGUCAAGGGCAAGCUGCUGGCCAGAACGGAGGUGGAAACGCCCUUGUUCUUCCCGGCGGCCUGACGUUAGGAGGAGGGGGUGGCAACGCUAACCCAGCUGCGCAACCAGGCCAGGGCCAGGGCCAAGGGCAGAGCACUUCACUCGCAGACUUCAUCGCCGGUGCUCAAGCAGCUGCCAGAAACCAAACUGGUGCCGGGCAAGGACAAGGCCAGGGCCAAGCAGGAGAAGCUGCCAAAGCAGGCGAGGCCGCCCAAGGAGAAGCUGCCAAGGCCGGCGAGGCUGCUAAGGCCGGCGAAGCUGCUAAGGCCGGCGAGGCCGCCCAGGGUGAAGCUGCUAAGGCCGGCGAGGCCGCAAAGGCCGGCGAGGCUGCUAAGGCUGGUGAAGCUGCCAAGGCCGGCGAGGCCGCCCAAGGAGAAGCUGCUAAGGCUGGUGAAGCUGCUAAGGCCGGAGAAGCUGCUAAGGCCGGCGAGGCUGCCCAGGGCGAGGCUGCCAAAGCCGGUGAAGCUGCUAAGGCCGGCGAAGCUACCAAGGCCGGCGAAGCUGCCCAGGGCGAAGCUGCUAAGGCUGGUGAAGCUGCUAAGGCCGGCGAGGCUGCCCAGGGCGAAGCUGCUAAGGCUGGUGAAGCUGCUAAGGCCGGCGAGGCUGCCCAGGGCGAAGCUGCUAAGGCUGGUGAAGCUGCUAAGGCCGGAGAGGCCGCCCAGGGCGAAGCUGCCAAGGCCGGCGAGGCCGCCGCUGCUCCAGCUGCCGGUUGUGCGGCAGCCGCCCCAGCCGCGCCGCCAGCUGAAGGUGCUGCUCGGCAAGGCGAGGAGGCCGCUAAACAGCAACAAGAACAGCAGCAGCAGCUAGAAGAGGCCGCCAAGCAACAACAAGAGGCCGCCAAACAACAGCAAGAGGCUGCCCUGCAGCAGCAGCAAGGAGAGGCCGCCAAGCAAGCCGGAGGAGCCGCUCAACAACAAGAAGGUGCGGCGAAGCAGGCCGGCGAAGCAGGCGCCGCUCCAGCCGCAGGCGAGGCGGCCGCGGCACCCGCCGAAGGAGCAGGCGAGGCAAAGGCCACCAAGGAGAGCGAGCAGUUCAGCGAGAACGCAGGGAUCACGGUCGGCGCCGACGGCCAGACGCAAAACCUGGGAGGGAACCUGGGCAUCACCAAAGGAACCGACGGUAGCACAUCUGUCGGCGGCGAGAACGGGAUCAACGUGACGCCGGCGGCACCGGCCCAGGCACAGCCUGCUGCUCCCGCACCCGCCGCCCCGCCCGCCGCCCCGCCCGCCGAGGCCCCGGCUCAGGCACCUGCGGCCCCGGCCGAGGCUUGA